CCGCUUUUUCAGGAAGAAGAAGAAACGCUCCACACCACUUCCGUAACUGCAGUGAUGGAGGUAGCCUCUGGUGGAUGUUGUUCCCUUAAGAAAGUCCCUCUGUCAGAGACGGAGUUGGAUUUCUGCGGUCAGGCGUAUUCCGUGUCCGUCCUGAAACCCGGAUAUUGUUGUCCGGAGACUGACGGGAACUUCAGAGCCGACGGGACCAUCACUCUGAUAACGGGACUGAAGAAUAUCCUGGUCGACACUGGGGGGCCGUGGGACCGGGACUUCCUUCUGACGACCUUAAAAAAGAGAGGUUUGGACCCAGAAAACAUUGAGUUGGUCGUGGGCACCCACGGACACUCAGACCACAUUGGAAAUCUGAGUCUUUUCCCAACUGCAAAGAUGAUUGUAGGAUAUGACGUCAGUGAAGGGGACAGAUACAGUCCCAGCGAGCUGGCAGAGGGACAGACUUACACCGUUGAUGAACAUGUGUCUAUAGUUCCCACUCCAGGCCACACAGGACAAGAUAUCAGCGUGCAGGUGAAGGGGACCUCAGCAGGCACCGUGCUGAUCGCAGGAGAUCUGUUUGAGUGCUGCUCAGAUGAGAACAGCUGGCGGGAUCUAAGUAUGAACGCUGCAGUACACGAGGUCAGCCGCCAGGAGGCCUUACGUACUGCCGACGUGAUCAUACCAGGACACGGACUUCCAUUCAGAGUUCUCAGGAACAAGUGACUCCAACUUGUGAAUUGAAGGGACUUUACUGAAUACUAGGAGCUCGACUCGGAUCAUUCAAGCCAAAGUUAAGAACUUCUGGCAGGAAGACAAACUUCCACAUACACCACUGUGACACUGAAUGUAGUUUUCUGUGAAUUGCUGUGGGAUUUUCUACAUUUCUGCCUUAAUUCGCUUACCUUUCACAGUGGACUGAGAAAAAACAUUCUCUGGUUAAUGUUAAAUAAACUCAUAAUAAAACUUGUAUGGACUUUUCAACAUGUAGCUGCAAAGUUGUGGUGGAACCACUGACAUCAGCACACGACACAAAUGAGGUCAGUGACAGGAAAUGUUUAUUGUUCCACUAUUAAAGCCUCAAAUAUCAAACUGGUGUCUACAGAACAUUUGUUCACAAAGAAAUCUCCAUUGUUUCUUUAUCACUGUUGGUCAGCAAGUUCAUAACCGAUCCUGAACUUCCAAAGAAAUCCAAACUCCGUUGUCUGUAAUCAUUAAUGCGUCAUCUAAUAAAGACUAUUCAAAA